AUGAACACCAGAGCUCAGACUGGUCUCCUGCUGUGGAAAAACUGGACGCUGCGCAAGAGACAGAAAAUUCGGUUCUUGGUGGAGAUCCUGUGGCCCGUUUUCCUGUUUGCUGGACUUGUGUGGCUCAGGAGAGCCAAUCCUCUUUACCAACAACACGAAUGUCAUUUUCCCAACAAGGCCAUGCCUUCAGCAGGAAUCCUGCCAUGGAUUCAGGGAAUUUUUUGCAACGUGAACAAUCCCUGCUUCCGUUACACAACUCCGGGAGAAUCUCCAGGAAUCGUGUCCAAUUACAACAACUCCAUAUUGGCUCGGUUUUACACUGAUGUUCAGGAGCUGCUUUUGAGUGACACUGAGUUUCAGCAGUUGGGGCGACUCUGGCAGGAAGCGUCUGAUUUCAGCAACUUCAUGGACACACUGAGGAAAGAUCCAGGCCAAGUUACAGGGAGGGGACUGAAGAUCGAGGACAUCCUGAAAGACGAUGAGACCCUGACGUCAUUUCUGCUGAGGGACGCCAGCCUGUCCGACUCUGUGGUCCAUCAGCUCACAAAUUCACGAGUGCGAGUCGAACAGUUUGUGUAUGGAGUACCUGACCUGACCCUCCAGGACAUCUCCUGCAGUCAGGUUCUCCUCGAGCGCUUCAUCAUCUUCCCGAGUCGGCGUGGAGUCCACGGCGUUCGGAAUGCGAUGUGCGCUCUCACGCCACAGAAACUGCAGAAGAUCGAAGAUAAACUUUACGCCAACAUCGACUUCUUCAAACUCUUCAGACUGUUGCCGAUGGUGUUGGAUAAUCACUCCAGUGGAAUCGACCUGCACUUCUGGGGGCGUGUUCUCUCUGCUGUGUCUGAGAAGCUGCAGCAGUUACUGAGCAGGCCGAGUUCCAGAGCCCUGUCUGUGGCGGUGCGGCGUGUGUUUGAGGAGAACACCCCCCCGUCCUUCACUCAGCUCGUCUCUCUCGUCUCUGAUCUGUUCUGUGGUUACGAGUCGGAGGGAAUCUCUCGCGUCCUCUCCUUCAACUGGUACGAAGACAACAACUUCAGAGUGUUCCUGGGAAUAAACACCUCACACACACACAGUGGGUGAUACACAUACGAUCACACGGCCUCUCUGUUCUGUAACGCUCUGAUGCAGAACCUCGAGUCGAAUCCUGUCACUAAAAUCAUGUGGAAUUCAGUGAAACCUCUUGUGAUGGGUAAAAUCCUGUACACACCCAACUCCCCUGCUGUACACAAGAUACUGAAGAGUGCGAACAGCACGUUUGAGGAGUUGGAGCGGUUAAUAAACAUGGCCAAGGCGUGGGAGGAAGUGGCUCCUCAAAUCUGGCAUUUCUUUCAGGACAGCGUUCAGAUAAAUAUGAUUCGGGACACGCUCAGGAACCCAACAGUGAUGGAUUUUCUGGACCGGCGUCUGGAGGAGACACAGUUCACCACCAAACACAUCCUCAACUUCCUCCAUGACGGUUGCUAUAGAGACCGCUACAAGGACAUGCCAGACUUCGACUGGAGGAACAUCUUCAACCUGACUGACCAAAUCCUGAGGACCUUCAUCCAAUACAGCGAGUGUGUAAACCUGGAUAAGUUUGUAGCUCAUGUGGAUGAGGAUCAGAUGAGCCAUCAGGCUCUGUACCUGCUGCAGGAGAAUAAGUUCUGGGCGGGACUUGUGUUUAUGGGCAUGUACCCGUGGAGCACAGAGAUACCGAGACACGUCACAUAUAAAAUCCGCAUGGACAUCGACACAGUGGAGCGAACCAACAAGAUCAAGGACAGGUACUGGGACCCUGGGCCGAGGGCGGACCCCGUGGAGGAUCUGCGUUAUAUCUGGGGAGGAUUUGCAUAUCUGCAGGACAUGAUAGAGCACGGCAUCCUGAAGCUCCUGAGUGCUCCUCAGACGCGGCUCGGCGUUUACGUCCAGCAGAUGCCCUACCCCUGCUACGUAGAUGACAUGUUCAUGCUGACGCUGAACCGCUGCUUCCCGAUCUUCAUGGUGCUGGCGUGGGUCUACUCCGUGUCCAUGAUGGUGAAGAGCAUCGUGCUGGAAAAGGAGUUGAGGCUGAAGGAGACUCUGAAGGUCAUGGGCGUGACCAACGGCGUCAUCUGGUGUGCAUGGUUCAUUGACAGUUUCCUGAUGAUGACCUUCAGUACGGUUCUGCUCACCUUCAUCACCAUGACUGGAAAGGUGCUGAACUACAGCAAUCCCAUGAUCCUCUUCUUCUUCCUGUUGACCUUCACCAUGGCCACCAUCAUGCAGUGUUUUCUCAUGAGUGUGUUCUUUAACAAGGCGAAUUUAGCAGCAGCCUGCAGCGGCAUCGUUUACUUCACCCUCUACCUGCCCCACAUCCUGUGUUUCGCCUGGCAGGACCGAAUCACCGCCCACACCAAGCUCGCCGUCAGUUUGUUGUCGCCGGUGGCGUUUGGCUUCGGGACGGAGUAUUUAUCCCGAUAUGAGGAACAGGGCCUGGGACUUCAGUGGGACAACAUCAGCACCAGUCCUCUAGAGGGCGACGAGUUCUCCUUCCUCAACUCCAUCCGCAUGAUGCUUUUCGAUUCAGUUCUUUAUGGCAUGUUGGCCUGGUACCUUGACAACGUCUUCCCAGGUCAGUACGGGAUCGGGAGACCUUUUUAUUUCCCCUUCCAGACAUCCUACUGGCAGAGUGCACAGCGCCCCCAGGCUGUCGUGGCUGAUCCAGCUCCUGAAAAACCUCUGGUAAAAAACCUGGAGAUAAAGAAGGAGGAAGUAAACACUCCUGAUGUCAUCACAGAGCCCUCAGAGCCGAACCGCAGCGCCUCCCACAGGCCGUGCAAACACCGAGAGAAGAGGGAGAGGAUGGAGAGAGAGAGAGGAGAGAGGAUGACGAGGGAGGAGGAAGGUCUGAAUCCUCAGGAGGAGGAGAGACAGGCAGAGCACACAGGAAACCCAUUGUUCGAGGCUGAGCCUGAGGGGUUGGAGGUGGGUGUGUGUGUGAAGGAGCUUGUGAAGGUUUAUCCUGGAAGUUCUCGUCCAGCUGUUAACGGUCUCAGUAUGAACUUCUAUGAAGGACAGAUCACAUCAUUCCUGGGACACAAUGGAGCAGGAAAAACCACCACACUGUCCAUUCUGACCGGUUUGUUUCCUCCGACGUCCGGGACGGCGUUCAUCAGCGGGAAGGACAUUCGCUCAGACAUGGACGAGAUCAGACGCUCUCUGGGCGUGUGCCCUCAAUACAACAUUCUGUUUAACCAUCUGACAGUGGAGGAACACAUCCUCUUCUACUCACUGCUGAAGGGACGAGAGCGUAAAGAAGCUGAGCAGGAAGUGGAGAACAUGCUGCGGGAUCUCGGAUUACCACACAAACGGUCCGAGGAAGCGCAGAAUCUCUCUGGUGGGAUGCAGAGGAAGCUGUCGGUUGCCAUGGCGUUUGUUGGAGGCUCCAAGGUGGUGAUUUUGGAUGAACCCACUUCAGGAGUCGACCCCUACUCCAGACGCUCCAUCUGGGAUUUACUCCUGAAGUACCGUACAGGCCGGACAGUGAUCCUCUCCACCCACCACAUGGAUGAAGCUGAUCUUCUCAGUGAUCGAGUGGCGAUUAUAUCUAAAGGGCAGCUGCACUGCUGCGGUUCUCCUCUGUUCCUGAAGAACUGCUUUGGUGUUGGGUUUUACCUCACACUCGUCCGGCGCAUUAAGGACGGGCGAAAGAAAGAGAAUGAGUGUGACUGUGAGUCGGAGUGUUCCUGUAUGUGUUCCACCUGCGCCAGGUAUAAAGAGGAGACUCAGACACCGCACAUUGACAGGAGCCUGGACGGUGACGUGGAGAACAUCACAAAUCUCAUCCACCACCACGUUCCUGAGGCGAGGCUGAUCGAGGUGAUUGGUCAGGAGCUCACGUACCUGCUACCUAAUAAAGGCUUUAAACACCGUUCCUACGCCAGUUUGUUCCGGGAGCUGGAGGAGACACUCGGUGACAUCGGCCUGAGCAGCUUUGGCAUUUCAGACACCUCGCUGGAGGAGAUCUUCCUGAAGGUUACUGCAGAUGGAGAGGCGGCUAACGGCAGUGUGAACCCAGAGCAGUGGAUGUUGCAGCGGAGGAAAAGCAGCAGCUUGUUGAGAGACAGUAAUAAAUCAGUGGCUCCUGAAGAAGGGAACGGUGUGCAGGAGAACGGCGUGGGGACAGGUGGAGACUCGGACAGCAGGGCGGGAAAAGCCUCGAGACAGGUUAAAGGGUUCAGCCUGGUGAUCAAACAGUUUCACGCUUUGCUGGUGAAGAGAUUUCAUCAUGCCACACGCAGCUCCAAGGACUUUCUCGCUCAGAUUGUUCUGCCUGCGAGCUUUGUGUUAGUUGCUCUGUUCUUCACACUGAUCGUGCCCCCGUUUGGUGAGUACCCGAGUCUGACGCUCACGCCGUGGAUGUACGGACAGCAGCACACGUUCUUGAGUAACGAGCGUCCGUCCCAUCCCACCAUGAGACACUUCAUCUACACGCUGCUCAGGGACCCGGGCAUGGGGACACGCUGCAUGAAGGAGCAGCCGCUAGAGAAUAUGCCGUGUGGGAAUGUUACCACAGAUUGGGAAGUUCCACCAGUUUCUCCGGUGAUCAGUAACAUCUUACAGAGCCCUGAGUGGACAGAGCGAAACCCCUCCCCUUCCUGUCAGUGUAGCACCAGUGAGAAACUCACAAUGCUUCCAGUCUGUCCAAUCGGAGCAGGAGGACUGCCGCCACGCCAGAGAAAAGAAGCGACAGGAGACAUUUUGCUCGACCUGACAGACAGAAACGUGUCGGAUUUCCUGGUGAAGACGUAUCCCAGUCUUAUCAAGACCAGCUUAAAGAGUAAAUACUGGGUGAAUGAGCAGAGGUACGGCGGUCUGUCUGUAGGAGGCCAACUUCCUGUUCUGGAUGUGGAUCCUGUAAAUAUACAGAACGUCCUCCAUCAGCUCGGGAACAUGAUGAACAUCACGGGGGGUCCCUACUCCAGGUUGGCUGUUAAAGAAAUCGGACCUUUCCUGCACCACAUGGAAAGCGAAUAUAACGUCAAGGUGUGGUUUAAUAAUAAAGGAUGGCACGCCAUGGUGACCUUCAUGAACGUAGCGAACAACGCCAUCUUGCGAGCCAACCUGCCGUUUCGUGCCGAUCCGUCUGAGUUCGGCAUCACAGCCAUCAAUCAUCCUCUCAACCUGACCAAGGAGCAGCUCUCUGAUGUCACAAUCUUGACUACAUCCGUGGACGCCGUGGUGGCCAUUUGCGUGAUCUUUGCCAUGUCCUUCGUCCCGGCAAGUUUUGUCCUCUACCUCAUCCAGGAACGAGUGACGAAGGCCAAACACCUGCAGUUCGUUAGUGGUGUCAGUCCUCUCGUUUACUGGCUCACCAACUUCUUCUGGGACAUGGUGAAUUACUCCAUCAGCACAGCUAUGGUGGUGUCCAUCUUCAUCACCUUCGAUAAAAAGUGCUACACAUCUCCCACCAACCUGCCAGCACUCAUCACCCUGCUGAGCUUAUACGGGUGGUCAGUGACUCCAAUGAUGUACCCGAUGUCGUACAUGUUCAGCGUUCCCAGCACGGCGUACGUCUCUCUGUCUUGCAUCAAUCUGUUUAUCGGCAUUAACAGCAGUGCCGUCACCUUCAUCCUCGAGCUCUUUGAGAACAACAGGUCUCUGCUCCUGUUUAAUGAGGGAUUAAAGAAGGUGCUGCUGAUUUUCCCUCACUUCUGUUUGGGACGAGGCCUGAUCGAUUUGGCCAUGAACCAGGCGGUGACUGACGUCUACGCCCGAUUCGGGGAGGAGUUUGUUCUGGACCCAUUCAGAUGGGACUUUGUGGGGAAAUACAUGGUGUGUAUGGCACUGGAGGGCUUCAUCUACUUCGUCUUUACUCUCCUCAUUCAGUACAGGUUCUUCCUGGAUCACUGGUUAUGUGACUACAGUCAGAUCCCAGCUCCUGAUGAAGAUGAAGAUGUUGCUGAGGAGAGACAGAGGAUCUACAGCAGGACACGAAACAACGACAUCCUGCACAUCCGAGAUCUCACCAAGACGUACGUAGGCAGGAAGAGGCCGGCGGUGGAUCGGAUCUGUGUGGGCGUUCCACCUGGAGAGUGUUUUGGGCUACUUGGAGUAAACGGUGCUGGAAAAACAACCACUUUUAAAAUGCUCACGGGAGACACAGACGUGACCUCUGGAGAUGCCACAGUGGCUGGACAUAGUGUUCUGACUAAUAUCCUGGAUGUGCACCAGAACAUGGGCUACUGUCCUCAGUUUGAUGCGAUCGAUGAGCUGCUGACGGGAUUAGAGCACCUGUACCUGUACGCUCGCCUCCGGGGAGUGCCCGAGUCCGAGAUCAGCCGAGUGGCGCAGUGGUGUGUUGAUAAAAUCGGCCUGUUGGAGUACGCAGGUCUCUGUGCUGGAACUUACAGUGGAGGAAACAAGAGGAAGCUGUCCACUGCCAUUGCCAUGAUUGGCUGCCCUCCUCUACUGCUGCUGGACGAACCCACCAGUGGGAUGGAUCCUCACUCACGCCGCUUUCUGUGGAACGCCAUCAUGAGCAUCAUCCGAGACGGCAGAGCUGUAGUUUUAACAUCACACAGUAUGGAGGAGUGUGAGGCGUUGUGCACGCGUUUGGCCAUCAUGGUAAACGGCACGUUUAAAUGUCUCGGCACGAUCCAGCACCUCAAAUACAAGUUUGGUGACGGUUAUGUGGUGACGAUGAAGAUCAGAGCAGCUCGAUCCGGUUCCUCUCCAGAUCUCGGUCCUGCUGAAGCCUUUAUGGAGAGCAACUUCCCAAAAUGUGUGCAGCGUGAGAAACACUACAACACACUGCAGUAUGAGAUCACGUCCUCAUCACUCGCCCGAGUCUUCCAGCUGGUGGCAGAAAAUAAACACAAACUGAGCAUCGAGGAUUACUCCGUGUCUCAGACCACGCUGGACCAGGUGUUUGUGAAUUUUGCGAAGCAGCAGUCAGGUGAGGAUGAUGAUGAAGUCGUUCUUCAUCCCAGAGCAGCUGGAGCGAGACGUGAAGCAAAGAUCUCACCGAAUAAGGCGUCUUCCAAAAAAUAAUGACAUCAUGAAAAUGUCACGACUCACUGCACUCACCAUCAACAAACUCAUUUACACUCCUUCAUACCUGCAAUUUAGUGAUUUUUUUAAAGUUUGAUUCUCUUACACACCCGUGACUGAGUGUGUGCUGAUAAUCAGUUCUACGAUUCAUCGUGAUAAUUAACAUCAUUAAUAACAUUGUUACUGUGGACAGUUUAAUUAAGAAACUCAUCGUUCUGUCAGCAAUUUGUAAUUAUUAAUAAGAUUUCAUUCCUGUUGUUCAAUUCUGUGUGUAAUAUUUAAUAUUUCUGCGAUUCACACCAUAACACGUGACUCACACGUGAUCUUUGAGUGUCCGUGCGCGCAGCUCCACGUUUACGUUCUGUAAAUAUGAUGUUUUAUUGCGCUUUUUUGUGUGUUCAUGCUUUUCUGCUGAAGCCGUGCCUGUUUUAUUAUAAUUGCUGAAGCUUUACACACACACACACACACACACACACACACACUGCUGCAGCUAUUAAGCAGAAUAAAGCUUUUAUCAGUGUUUAUAAUGUUCAUUCACGUUAUAUUUAUUCAAUUUACUCACAUUAAUAUUCAGAUUUUAUUAUCAGGUUGAGUUGGUCAGAAGUUUUGGGACAGGUUCAUGGUGACUGUUGUGUACAAUCUGAACUUUUCUGAUUUAAAAUGAAUUAAUUCUAAUCCAACAAAAUGCAUCGAGUCGUGUUCUGAACAUGAACACACUCAAAGUGAAAAAAAAAAACCACUCAAAAACAAUUAUUUUAAUUUUCCCACUGAUUCUCAUCGAAGUUAAACUGACUGGCAGCCGGUUACAGGAUCCUGAAAAUAUUUAACUUUGGAGAAAAUAUUUUAAUUUAUUCCAAUAUAUAAAUACGUUUCAGUAAAUAUUCAUCUUCUGGUGAUUUAAAGUUCAGAUCACAGUGACGUCAGGUUGUGUCCCAAACACUUUAAUUACGGUUCCUUCUAACAAAAAUGUAAAGAAAUAAAAUGAAAUAAAAUGUGCAGAUGGUGUAAGCAGUGUGUGUGUGUGUGUGUGUGUGUGUGUGUGUGUGUGUGUGUGUGUACGAAGCCCAGCAGAGUCACGGCUGCAGUAUGUGAACUGAUUCAGAAGCAGACAAUGGUUUAUUAGAUGAUGAUGAUGAUGAUGAUGUGAAGUGUGUUUGUGUUGUAACGCUAUGGCUUGGGUCUUGUCUGUUCAUGUUCCAGGAAGAACACUACGCAGGGAUGAACUCUGUUUGGGACGGAACUUUUUUUUCACAAUUGUGCAUUUAAUGUACUAAAAUAUUUUCAUUGCUAAUUAUUUAUCUUCAUCCUGAAGCCCUUUUUUUUAUUUCCAAAUGAAAUGAGGCUGUAAAAGGGUUCUGUGUCCCAAGUCCCUAGAGGAAGAGUGGAAUGAUGGCAUUCCUGAGCUCAGGAUAAUCUCCAAACUCCUGUGUAUAGGUUUUGUGUUUUCCUCGAGCCCAGAUGGUCAUCUGUAUGAAGCUGAUCAGUGUGAACACGGCGACUGCAGACAGAGCGGAGAAGAAAUGAUGUGAUUAUUAACAUGAGAGAGAGUCUCAUGGAUGUUAGAAAGAGUGUGUGUGUGUGUGUGUGUGUGUGAGAGAGAGAACCUGGAACACAC